AUGAAUGCAAACGUCUCACCAGUCCUUGAAGAACUUUAUCCUUCCUCAUCCCGAGCUGUCUUCUUCUCUACUUCCUGUUUGCUGUGCAGAACCUACCUGCUGGUGGACCCCUGUGAACGGGAGGAGCGGGUGAUGGACGGCCUGCUGAUGAUCGCCAUGAACAAACACAGAGAAAUCUGCUCCAUCCAGUCCAGCGGGGGCAUCAUGCUGCUUAAAGAGCAGGUUAUGAGAUGCAGUAAAAUAGCCAGCGUAAAGGUGUCUGAAAUCACAGAACUCAUCAGCAAAGCCCUGGAGAACGACAAGAGAGCAAGAAAAGCAGGCGGAAGGUGUGGUUUUGCGGAGUCAAUGCCACAGGAGCGAAUCACAGCUCUGAAAACGGACGAGACCUCGGUGGAGAUGACUGAUGCGUCAGAAAGAGCCAAUGACAUCGUCGAGAACGCCGAGGUCCCGCCUCAAACGGUGCCUUCCCCAGUGGUGCCUGUGCCAGGGGUGGGGCAGGUGGGGCAGGGCCUGCAGAACACCUGGGGACUGGAAGAGGAGGAAGAGGAGGAGGAUGGUGAUGAAGAGGAGGAAGAACAAAAAAUGGAAGAGGAACAGGAUGAAAAGGAAGACAGUAGAGAAGGUUAUUACACAUGCCUGCAAAUUAGUCGCUUUUUUGGCGCCUCCCGCUUUUUUAACGCUGAUUUGGGUGACUUGUGUAAUUCGUGGAGAACCAAAGAGUUUUCGUUAUGGGGGGGGGUCCGACUCACGGACUGA